CCCACCGAAGAACACACAACACCACCAAAGAGAUAACAAAGCCUUCUUCCUAUAGCACUCUUGCAAUCCACAGAGCUAGUUCAGUUCAUCCAAGCACACAGAAGCAUCAGCAAUGUCGCUCGUCAGGCGCGGCAACGUGUUCGACCCCUUCUCCAUGGACCUCUGGGACCCCUUCGACAGCAUGUUCCGCUCCAUCGUCCCAUCGUCCUCCUCCGGCUCCGACACCGCCGCCUUCGCCAAUGCCCGCAUCGACUGGAAGGAGACCCCCGAGGCGCACGUCUUCAAGGCCGACCUCCCCGGCGUCAAGAAGGAGGAGGUCAAGGUGGAGGUGGAGGACGGCAAUGUGCUGGUCAUCAGCGGCCAGCGCAGCAAGGAGAAGGAGGACAAGAACGACAAGUGGCACCGCGUCGAGCGCAGCAGCGGCCAGUUCAUGAGGCGCUUCCGCCUGCCGGAGGACGCCAAGGCGCUACUACAGUCUGUCGUUGCUCUGCUUUGGUGUGUGUACUGUUGUUCAGCCUGCCAUGGUAGUGCCUGCUCUGGUGUCAUGUGCUAGUCUGUAUUUUCUAUU